AUGGACGACAAGACACAGGACCCUAUGGCCUCCAUUGAGCCUACCGACAGCAACAAAGUAGGUGAAGUCUACGAUGUCGGUGACAGAAGCAAACAACAUGGGGCCAGCAUCCGCAACGUCGAUGUCGAUGUCGCUGCAGGGCUGGCGGAGAUGUUCGAGGGUGGAGAGGGAUAUACUCGCAAAGAGGUCAUGCGGCUUCGCUGGAAGCUCGAUCUUCGAUUGAUCCCUAUCCUGUGGUUCAAUGUGUUGUUGCCGGCCAUGGACAAGGUCAGCAAUGGAACGGCUGCUCUUUACGAGCUACGUCAAGACCUGCAUCUGGUGGGAAACCAGUACGCGUGGGUUGGCAGUAUCUUCUACGCUCACAACGAAACGGAGUUCAAAUGUGAACCCUGUGGAAUGACCUUUCCUUAUCCAUCUAGUUUGGCGUAUCAUGAGAAGAGCACAAAACAUAUCAAGAACACUCCUCAUCUUGGAGACGUGGAGUCUCGCAUCCAGGCUCGCAACGAAACGGCGUUCAAAUGUGAACCCUGCGGAAAGUCCUUUACUCAUCUGAAUGAUCUGAUGGUACACGAGAAGAGCAUUAAGCACAUCAAGAACACGCCUCAUCUUGGAGAUGUGGAGUCUCGCAUCCAGGCUCGCGAGAAAAUGGCAGUAUUCAAAUGUGGACCCUGCGGAAAGUCCUUUACUCUUCCGUCUCGAUUGGCAACACACGAGAAGAGCGCUGGGCAUAUUAAGCGGACUAACCCAGCGGCUAAGUUUGAAGACAUGACAUACAAGUGCGAUGCUUGCAAGUACUCCACCUGUAAACUACACAGGUUCAAAAUCCACGAAAAAACCGCUAAACAUCGGAAGAAUACUUCACGUUAA